AUGGAACAUAAAAAGACAGAAUUAUAUCACGCGAAUGAGAUUAUCCUUGUACUAAACAAUUAUGAGGGACAGAAGCGCAAGCUAGAUGAGGUUGAUGGUGGCCCUGAACCAGAUGCUGUUGUCAAGAAAGAAAAGGUCUCCUCAGAAGUAGAGGAUGAGACUGUGGAAGUGGUGAAGAAAGAGAAGAAAGAGAAAAAGAGAGAAGAAUGGCGCUUUGAGAAGAAAGAGAAGAAAGAGAAAAAGAGAGAAGAAUGGCGCUUUGAGACCAAUUCUUGGUUUCAAACUGUCAAUCAAGGAAUUACACUCCCAGAAAUAUCUCUACCCCUCAGCAGAUCUGAUCCCCAAGAACACAGAAUUUUAAGAGAGAAUGGGUCGUGGACGGAAGCUCCUGCUCAGAACCUGGCUCCAGUGGUGAGCAAGGAGGUAUCAGAGAAGACUCCUGCCGAUGUCAGUAAGCAGAUUCCAGCUGGCAUUCCAGGAAACCAAAAGAAUAACUAUCACCGAGCCAAUGGCCAGAACACUGGCAACUUCCUCACGGAUCGACCUUCUACUAAAGUCCAUGCCGCACCUGGUGGAGGAUCUUCCCUUGACUACUUGUUUGGUGGAGGCAGCAACUAA